CAUAUAGUCUAUGAUGGAAUCAAACUAACCAAUAUUUAUUUAUUGAAGUACUGUAUUAUUAUUAUAUUAUCAAAAAAAUUUGAUUAUGUAAAAACAAUGUCUUUAUUGAAAUCAUUCGAAAGUAGCUACAAAAAUGGUAGAAUUCCUUUUUUAUUUUCGUAUUUUAAAUCCGAAUUGAUUUCAAGAGCUAAUUUUUGUCAAGAUGUUCAAUCUGGACAAAAACCAGCUAAAAAGAAAACAACUCCAAUUCCUAAAAUAACAUUGAUAUCUGAUUCAUUGGUCAGUAUUACCACUCUUGAAGAAGCACAAAAGCUUUCAAAGAGAAGGGAUUUGAAGUUGGUUAAAAUUCUUGAUUUGGAUUUAAAAACCCAAAGACCUACUUACAAAUUGAUGACAGGAACUGAAUAUCACGAGGAAGAUCUCAAACAGAGAGAAGCUCGAAAAAAACAAAAAAAUAAUAGUUUUAUAAAAGGAGAAAAAAUGGUAUUUAUAAAAGAUAGUAUCGGUGAACAUGAUCUAGAAGUACAUGCUAAAAAAAUAUUGAAGUGGUUAUCCAAGUCGUACCAAAUUAAUAUUUUGAUUAAUGGAAGCGAUUCAAAUAAAGAUAAGCUUGAGAAAAUCUUCAGUUUUCUAGAAAAACAAAUUGACAUAAAAGGCAGAUUAUUGCAGAAAACAUUCAAAGGAUCAGAUUUAAAAUUCCAUAUAAUACCUCCGAAAGCAGAGAAAAAAGAUGAAUUAUGACUAGAAAAUUCAAUUUUCUUCAUUCUGCCAAUUUUGUUUAUACUUCUUUCAAUCAAAUAUACUAUUUAUUAUAGAUUGAUUUGUAGAUAAGAAUUUUAUUUUUCUGUUUUAUUACAUUUUAAUUUUAUCAUUUAGCGAAUAUUUCAUUUUGUAAUUAAUAAUAAAGUGGUGUUAAUAUAUUUAUUUUUUAU